AAGCGCUUGGCUCAACUCAGUAACAGUGCGAUCUAUAAGCCGAGAAGGUUUGCAGAACCUUUCCCGGGUUCACAAGUAUGGGUUUGGAGGACAUCCGCAUCUUUCCAGUAUGCGGUCUGUUCUUAUGUUUGAGCUUGGUUGUCUUUACCUUGGUCUCCGUGCCUUCUUCGUUCAAAUCAAUGGAGCAGGGACGAUAUUCGGUGACUUUGGAAUGGAUGACUCAGAACAUUCGGGAUGAGGUGGUGAUUGAACCUGGCCUCAAGUUCGUUGGCUUGGGCAACUACCUCAUUGAGUUUCCUGGCACCUUCCAGGCCAUGUACUUCAUCUCGGAUGGACGAGGUGUAUCGCCAGCUCCGGUUCCAGAGUUGUUCAAGCCAGUUGUCCGCGGAGCCAUUCGAGCCCGAUCUGCUGACGGAUUGGAGAUGCAGAUUUCAGUUUCUUUCCAGUGGAGGCUCAGGCCCAAUGCAUUGGUAGACCUGUACAACAUCCUGGGCGAGACCUUGUACAAGGACGAGUUUGUGCGCUUUGCCAAAGCUGCUGUAAUUGAAUCGUGCUCAAAGUUUACCGCCGAUCAGUACUUUACUCAGCGGCAAGCAAUCACGACGAACAUGAUGCAGGCCUUGCAGGCGAACUUUGACAAGCCGGAGCUGGGAUUGAGCAUGGAAAUCGCGGGCCUCCAGUUGCGCGAGGUUGAUUUGCCGGAUGACUUUGAUGAUGAGAUUGCGAACACUCAGGAACAGAUGCAGGAGGUGGAGGUUGGAAAGGCAGAACGGCAGGAGAAAAUCAUUAUCAUGGAGGCCCAGGCUCAAGUUGCCCUGCAAAAGGUCGAGGAGCUUCUGAAGGGUGCAAAGGGGCAAGCCACACGCGUUCAAGUCCAGAAUCAGGCCACAAUCCAGCAGCUUAUGCUCUUCCAGCGGAAGCAAGCCGAGGCCAAUUCAGCUAUCCUGCAGCAGUUUGUGAACGACACGGUGCCGUUUCAAAGGCUGUUCGAGACCAUGGAGAUCAGAGCGCUUGAUGACCAUGCUGUUAGCAAGAUGACAGUAACCCUGUAAGUGGAGCACAAACUCAGGCUCCACUCUCCCAUGUGAUUUCAUGUUUUUGCCUUGCACCCAGUUGUAGUAUAAAGAGUUUUGGC